AUGGACCAUCGCAUGCAGGGCCCGCUCAUCCCGUUGGUGAAUCGCGACACGCUGCUGGGCCGCCAGGUGCCUCCGCCCUUCCAGUUCGCCAGCCCCUCCGUCUCCGCGCGCCACUGCACCAUCUCCUGCCUCCCCCAGCCUCCCGCUCCCGCUGGGGAACCCUCUGCCCCUCCUCAGGCGGGCGGGGCAUGCCCCCCCCCCCAGGGAGAAGCGGCUUCUGGGGUGGAGGAAGCAGCAGGAGCGAGAGUGGGUGUAGGAAGGGGAGAAGCAGGAGGGUUAGUAGCGGGGGAAACUGCGGGAGGAAGGGCAGAAGCAGGAGCUGAGAGGGAUGGAGAAAGCAGAGAGGCGUUCGUCGUCGUGGUGAAGGACACGAGUCCACGCAUGGCUACAUCAGUACUCACGUCCUCUCCUUCCCUCGCCCCGUUGCUCUCCCGCACCUCCCUCGCCCCGUUGCUCUCCCGCACCUCCCUCGCCCCGUUGCUCUCCCGCACCUCCCUCGCCCCGUUGCUCUCCCGCACCUCCCUCGCCCCGUUGCUCUCCCGCACCUCCCUCGCCCCUUUGCUCUCCCGCACCUCCCUCGCCUUCCAGCUCCAACAGCACGCUUAUCAACGGAACCCGGCUGCAGAGGAACGGACCCCCCCAUCAGCUGAGGCAUCAAGGAACGGACCCCCCCAGCAGCUUAAGCAUGGCGAUGUGCUGUCGCUCGUGGGGCCACCAGAGACAGAGGUCGCUCACAUGUUUGUCUUCUUGCGCGUGGAAGGGGCACCCAUGCCAUCUGCUUCUCCUGCUGCUGCGAAUGGCGCUGCUGCUGCUGCUGCUGCUGCUGCUGCUAGGGGACUGCACUCCCCUGCUGCCGCAGGGAAAUUUCCAGGCAGGCGCGCAGCGGCAGUUAAGGAGGGAGAAGGCAGUGGCGCCAUGCGCGGCGUGAGUGUGAAGAGGGAGCAAGGAGAGGGCGCAGCCGGAGCAGACCCAGCAACAGUGCUGGUGAAGCGGAAGGCUCAGGCCUUGAGCUCUAAUCCGUGCCCCAUGGCGUUAGAUGCAAGCCCAAUGGCACGUGGGGCAGGUACCAGUCACACGACAACCCCCGUGGCGUCCCCCUCUGUGAAAGGCCAGAUGCUGCCCCCUCCCCCGCGCUCCUCCCCUGCAGCAGCGCGCCGACUGUCCAUGCACUCGCCCCCACCGCUCCCAGGAUCGGGGUUGGGAGCAGAGGCCGUAGCAGUGGGUCCAGACGAGGGGGGGAUGGCAGCGGGUAGGGUUCCGAAGCGGAGACGAGGGUCAAGGGGUGCUGUUCCGAGCUCGGUUUCUCCUGACAGUUCUUCUGAUGCUGGGGAAGGUUCUGGGGCAGGUUCUGGGGCAGGUUCUGGGGCAUCCGUGCCAGGCAGUGGCAGAGCUGCCCUCGCUCCAGUCACGCCUGUUGCUGUCCCGGGUGCUGCUCCUGCUGCAGCAGGUUCACCUGCUGAGGUGGCACUGCCUGCUGCUGACGUGGCGAUUCUGGAGGAGAUGAAGCAGCUGCGGCGGGCCAAUGAGGAGCUCCGGCAGCAGCUGGACGCGGAGGCGGCGAGGAUGGACGAGAUACUGAGUCAGCGGCAGCAGGAGGAGCGACGGCAUGAGGAGGGCGUGGUGAGUGCACGCAUGGAGGUGCAGCAGGAGUGGGAGGGGCGAGUGCAGGAGGCGCAGAGGGAGAGAGACGCCGCAGCCAGGAAGCAGGAGCAGGCGGAGGGGGAGGUGGUGCGGCUGCAGGAGGAGCUGACAGGUGUCGGCGAGCGAUUGGCUGUUGAGAGGAAGGCACGGGCGGAGGCCGAAGCUGCGAAAGCAGGGCUGCAAGCGGAGGUGGAGAGGGCAUGGAGGGAGCGGGAGAGGGAGGCGGAGGAGAGGGGGAGGGAGAGGAGGGAGAUGGAGGCGGAGAGGCAAGCAGCAGUGGAGCGAGUGCAGGCAGCCGCAGCAGCAGAGGCAGCAGCGGCUGCAGAGAGGUCGCAGAGGGCGGUGAAGGAGCUCCAAGAAAGGGUUGCUGCUCUCGUGGUGAGUGGUAUGACGGUCCGUGUCACGACCAACCCGGCUUGCUGGAAUUCGUUUACUUACAGCCUUGGGCAUGCCCAUACUGAUGCCACUGCUUGUGUCUCUCUUCUCUUUGUCAACGCUAUGAACGAGGAGAGGCAGGCAGCCAUUGACUCGCUCUCUGCCAAGCUGGAGGGCGAGCGGGCAGCAGUGGUGGCGGGACACGAGAGGGCGAGGAGGGCGGAGGGGUUGCUGGAGGAGGAAAGGGGCCGAGCUGUGCUGCUGCAGCAACGAGCGUCUGCCAUGGGGGCUUCUCUUGCAGGGAAGGAGGCCGAAGCGGCUCAGCUGCAGAACUUGCUGGCAGCUUCGGAGGCCCGAGCCUGUGGCGUGGCAGGGGAGCUUCGGAAGGUGCAGAUGCGGCUGUCAGUGGAGCAGAGGCGGUUGCAGGGCGCACGGGAGCGCAUCAUGCUGCGGGACGCUCAAAAGAGGGAAUUCGAGAAAACAGCGAACCACAUUGCAUGUCUGCAGGAGCAGAUGGAGCAGGCACACGAGGAGCAGACAGCUUUAGGGCAGUCGCAGCAGCAACUGCAGCAGCAGGUGGUGCGCGCGCAGUUGCAGCAGCAGGCGCAGCAGCAGCGACAGCAGCAGCUGCAGCAGCAGAUGCUGAGAGCGCACCUGGAGCAGCAGCAGCAGCUGACGCGCAUGUUUCAGGUGUUGCAAGAUGGGGAAGGGGAGGGGAAGGCGAGGGCCGGGGGGAGGGGGAGUGAGGGGUUGGAUGGGGCGGGGGGAAAAGAAGAGGGAGGUGAGGAGGAGGAUGAGGAAAUGACUCAAGAAGCCGAGGUGGGAGAGGGAGUGGUGGGAGGAGGAGUGGGAGGAGGAGGGGUUGGGGGAGGUGAUACUUGCCCUGUAGAUGGUGAGGUGCCUCCUGGUGAUGCUGAGGCACGUGGUAUGGUACAGGGGAGUGUGGCUGCCAGGGAAGAUGUGAGGGUCGAGGAAAGGGAGGGCUUGUUGCUUGUACGGCGGGAGCUCUUUAGGGGGGAUGAAGGGGACGGGGGUGAUGAGGGACGAGUGGGAAUGAGGGAGACAGAAGAAGAUGGGAGGGGAUUUGGUGGUCGAGUGGGUGAUGGGGGGAGGGACGAGGGCGGGGAGGAAGGGGAAGGAGGAAAAGGAGAGACGGAGGAGUGUUCAUUAGAUGAUCAGUUUGACGAGUUGAACAGAGAAGGUGGACCGUUGGAUGGUCGAUUCAAUGAGCUGAACAGAGAAGGUGGGCCGUUGGAUGAGCGGCUGGAGGAGCUGAUGGAGGCAGAGACGCAGGAGUACAGUGGGGGGCGAGGAGGGCUGCUGGAGGGAUUCUCAGGAGGGAUGCUGGACGAGACCUGUGAGUCACCUGGACGAGGAGGGGUGCUGGAAGAGGGGUUCACGGCAUGGGGCGAGGAGGAGACAGGGGAGGGUGCGGAGGGUGAAGAGGGGUUGGAGAGGGACGGAGCAGCAGGGCAAGGAGAAGAGGAGGGGGUGGCAGGGGUUGUGGGGAAGGGAAAGGGAAUAAGCCCUGGGAAGGGUGAUGCUGGUGCUCACUUAGGAGUGCGGUUAGAAGCAGAGACAGAAACGGAGACGCAAGGGCACACGGAAACGCAGGGUCGUUGGGAAACGCAUGGGCAGAGGGAAGCUGUGGUGCCAGGGCAGACAGAGACACAAACACAGGUGGCGACUCAACUGCUGUCACAAGGGCAGGUUCACUCUCAAGGGCUAAUACAGUCACCAGGGCCAGAGCAGUCACCAGGGCAGUUUCAUUCACAAAGUCGGUACCAGUCACAAGGGCCGUCGCUGUCACCGCCCACUGGUGGUGCCUCACAAACCCCAAACCCUUUCCAGCGACAUUCGCAGUCACAAGUGCCUGGUGCGUCCCAGCAGCUGUCCCAGCACCCCUCACAGCAGCCGUCACAGCCAUCCCAGCAGCCCUCACAGCAGCCGUCACAGGCAGAGUCACAGAGGGCGCUGCAGACCCAGGAGCUCCCCCCCACGCAGCUGCUCUCCGCGUCACAAGUGCUGGCGGCGCAGCAGCAGCUGGGGGUGAUGCCACCACAGGAGCAGCAGCAGAAACAGGAGCAGCAACAGAAACAGCAACCGGAGCAAGCGGGUUCACCUUUGCAGGAGCAGGAGCGGGCACCUUGUGCGAACAGUUCUCCAGCUGCAGCAGCAGCUAGGGACAUCGUGGGAGGUGAAGGAGGCGGUAAUGAUGGCAGGGGUGUUGAUGGUAACGGUGGUGGCGUGGAAGGGAGGCAGAGGGAGAAGAAGGGAGUCACAUGUGAAGGUGGAGUGGGGACGGAAACCCCGCCUUUUGAAGGUAUGCCAGAGGGAUCAGAGACACCUAAUCCUGCUCUGCAGCUGAUGCGCGGGCAGGCUUCUGAAGGGGAUGAGUCCGGCAGGGGGGGGAAUGAUGGGAGGUCUGGGCUGAGCAGGGAUGGGGCUGGGGCUGUGCCUGUGGUUGCUGCGGUGAGAGUUGAGGGUAGCGCGGUGGACGUGGGUGCAGUGGGUGGGAGUGGGAUUGGGAAUGGGGAUGGGAGUGGGAUGGAAGGGAGGGAACGGCGCGAGGACAUGGGGAAUGGCAGAAUGGGGGACAGUGAUGGUGAUGUGGGCUGUGAUGGUGCGGUGAGAGGUGGUUCUGAGGGAUCCAGUGGUAUGGGGAUGGAGGAUGUGGAUACGGGGAAUGAGGAGACGUGUGAAGGGGAUGAGGAUGGGAGGGGUGGGAAUGAGGGCGACGCUGAUGAAGAGGAGUUGUUGCCAGCUUCCAAUGCAGCUGGGAGGGUGUCUGCGGCGAACCCCCAUGGGGUUGAUGGGGAAAGGGAGGGGAAGGAGGGUGCAGAAACGGGCAAGGGUGGGGGCGCUGUGGGGGUGCUGCAGGAGGAAGGUGCAGGGGAGGAAGGUGCAGGGGAGGAGAGGUCACGGCUUGUGAGGCAGGGGAGUGAGAAGGGGGACAGUCCAGCGGACGAGAUAGAGGGCGAUGUGGUGGCAACGUGGGGCCUGCCGCAUGUGAUGCGUGCGUACCGGCGAAGGAGGAAGAGGAGGUUGAGUGGAGGGGAUGGGGUGAAGACAGGGAGGGUGAAGGGAGGGAGGGAGGUGGGAAGGUUGAGGCGCAGUGAGAAGGGGAGAGAGAGGAGGAGGUUGGGUGGUGAGAGUGGUUCGCCGUGUGGCAUGGAGAGCAGCCAGGAAGCGAAUUCCUGGUGA